AUGGUCAGUAGCCAGUCCUCAAGUCAUGACAAAGUUCUUCUUUGUUUAAUGGAAUCAUGCUGGCAACUGGAGAGCAUUAAUAUGGACUUUUCAAAGGAUUGCUCAAAUCCCCAGAAGGUCGAUUCUGCCGCGAUAUGGGAACGAACGAAGGAUGUAUUUACCAGGAAUUGGUAUUUGGGGGUCACAGCAUUUGGUGGUCCACCAGUGCAUUUCCAAAUCCUUCACAAGAAAUUUGUUGAAAAGAACGAAUGGGUUGACGAGCAAUUGUAUCAAGAGAUAUUUGCGCUGAGUCAGGCUCUUCCAGGCCCAGCCAGCACCAAGAUGUUGUUUUGCAUAAAUUAUAUUCAUGGAGGUCUCAUGGCUAGAUUGGGUGCAUUUUUUUUGUGGUGUCUUCCUGGAGCUAUUGGAAUGUAUGCUCUCUCAUUAGGCGUCUCCCGCAUUGGAGAUACUCUACCUGCUCCUGUCUACGCUCUCUUGUCCGGGAUAAACGCAGCAACGGUCGGGAUUAUCGCCCUUGCCGCUGUUCAAUUGGCAGACAAAGCCAUUACAGACAAGCUCACUUGCGCUCUAGUGUUCCUCGGUGGCGUUUCUGGAAUGCUCUACACAGCAUUAUGGUUCUUUCCGGUUUUGAUGCUCGCAUCUGGACUCGCAACCCUGGUGUGGGAUUUCAAGUGGCUGCACCGCAUAUUCAAGCCACUUUGGAGAAAACGUUCACGGUCUCGGCGUACGAAUAAGCGGACUCCUGGAGGUGGGCAGACCGGUGCUUCGCCUUUGGAAAAUUUUCAAGAAAUCUCCUUACACCAUCGACACAAUGCAGCAACAGAUCAUCAAGAAGUGGCCCUUUCCUCACUUGAAGCUGGUUCUGCUACUGCGACCGAAAGGCCUGAUCCAAUCGCCGACUCAGAGAUAUCUGACAGAAUCGUUCCAUCGAAUAUACAGCUGAAUCUUAUAACCUGGAAGACUGGAAUAUAUAUUAUUACAAGCUUUAUUGUCUCUUUUAUUGCAAUCAUGAUCAUUCGGGAUUUACUCAAGACGCCACCUCGAGGCGUUUCCCUGUUUGCAAAUCUUUACCUUGCAGGCACAAUCAUAUUUGGUGGCGGGCCCAUGGUCAUUCCACUCCUUCGCGAGUACAUUGUAGCUGAAGGCUGGGUCUCUCCACGAGAUUUUCUCCUUGGUCUCGCAUUAAUCCAGUCUUUUCCUGGUCCUAAUUUCAACUUUGCCGUCUACCUCGGCUCGCUCGCAACUGCUCAAACCUCUUUACCAUCCCUCGCAGGCGCUAUCAUAGCAUUCUUGGGCAUAUUUACUCCCGGCAUCAUUAUACUGACGGGAGUGAUGGGAUUGUGGAAGGUCUUACGCCCCCGUCGCUGGCUUUUUUCUGUUCUACGUGGGGUAAAUGCUGGAGCUGUGGGUUUGGUGUUUACAGCAGUCUAUAAAUUAUGGCAGAUUGGCUUUGUGGACGCAAAGAAUCAGAGCGGAAGUCCUCUGGGCAGAGAUCCGUGGUGGGUUGCAAUAACAGCCACGAGCUUUGUGGGAGGUGCUUGGUUUGGUUUAAAGGCACCGCUCGCGAUUUUGCUCGGUGGUGUCAUGGGAAUGGCUUGGUACGCAGUCGUAAAAGCUUAG